AUGCCUGGCGUGGGAGUGAUGAGCGCAUCGGAGGACACACCAGAGCGACCGCUUCUCAGGUCCCACAAGGCGCUCCCGCGGAGGGGCAUCGUGGUCCCUCAGAUCGAGCUGGCCCAACCGGCCUCCCCGGAGUCAAAUGGUACAGUCAUUGCGGCGCCGGCUCCUCCGCUGACUCCACCCAGCGCAAACCAAGAAGACAGCAUGGGAGAGGAACAGACGCCACGGAAGAUCAACUCAUCGCGCUCUGAGGACCAGUCCACAGGCAUUCUGACGCCGCGCCGGCCCUCCAAGCCUCCUACCCCCGAUGUGACACCACCGCGUACAACUUCCAUCAAGCGACCGACCCUCAGCCAUACCGUGCAUCUGUCGUCGUCAUCACGAGCCGACUCCUUUCAGACUGCCCGUGAGAGCAUCUCCUCUGAUGGCGAUAUGGAAACGCCCGUUCGAUCCAGAUCCCAGUCUGCGUCGCAGAAAGCCAAGAAACGCGUACCUUCGACCAGCAGAAAGAAUGCGCCGAAUGGUGUUCGCGAGAAGCUUACAUAUUCCAAAUAUACCCCACCUUCUGCUUCGCAGCCCCUCAGCGAGACAGAAUAUGAAACCGGGUUCGAGUCGUUCGAUGGAGAGUGGGCAUCUAUCCAGACCGACGUGUCUCCAACACCACUGGUUGAGAAGCGAAAGCCUUCAAAAUCCCGUAGUGUAUCAAACCACAAACCCAAGGCAGAUAAAGACACGCUGGACGUGCUGCAUCUCGACGAGUCUCUGAUGAGGGAAAAGAAUCUGCGGGAUAGGGUUCAGAAAACGCAUCAAGUGGCUGAGAGUCCGUCAAUGGAACGAUUCCGUGAAGACAUUGGCUGGCCAUCCCACCACGAUGGACCAUCCAACACAGAGGAAGCGGAAUCGCGUCGUUUAUCAGGUGUCUCGUCGACGUCCACUGUCGAGGCGAUGAUCAUUGAUUCUCCAAAGCGGGCCCCUCGAUCGCUGCGACACACUGAGAAGAGAACUUCACUCCGGUCUGCAAGCUCCCCCAUCACCAGAUCCGAGCGCGCAUCCACGGCCUCCAAUGCAGAUUCGCAACAUCGCCUAGUCCACAAGGCGGCUCGCAUCUCGGAACAGGAUCGUCGGAGCAUUUCAUCAGACAUCUCCUUCUCCACCAAGACGACCACGAGUGUAUCUCACACUCCAGGUGAUAUUAUCCCCGUAGUGGUCAUCCCUGAGAGACGUUCUUCCCUCAAGUCUGGUCCCAACAGUCACAUUUCGUCCAAACCCGGCUCCCAGCGAUCCAGCCAACGGCCUCCACCGGUAUCAUCGGAUGGUUCUGUGAAUGUCCCGCGCCAAAGACAGCGGACCAUGUCUGACUCUGUAUCUGCAAAGUCCCGAGACAAGGACUCAAGAGGACGUCUCGUUGGUCGACCUGUUAUUCCACCGCGGAGUUCCUCGCUCUCUGCGCCGACAAGUCGGAACAACUCCCGCGCCACAUCCCUCACCUCGGAAAGCCUGCGGAGUCAUACCCUGGCCAUGGACUUAGAGAUGCAAAAGCGCCGUGAUCAGCAGCCUGUUUCGCCGCCUCGUCAUAACAUCCUUGGUCCCAAUGGCUAUGGCAAGAAACUGUUGGAACCUCCCAAUCUACCGGAGAUCUUGGUUAGCUCAACGGACGAUAUGGCAACCCUGCGACCACCGUCAUUACCAUAUACACAAUGGUCGAUCCCAUCAUCUUCACCCGGUCCGAUUGAAAUUCGAGAAGCUACCGCUGUCAGCCUUUUCGCGCACAACAAUCGGUCAUUACUGUUAGUUGAUCAACGGGUACCGCCAGACCAACGGGUAUUUGCAGCGUUGGCGCAGGGGUUCUCCGCUCGCGAGCCCAUCCCUCAGACACCAGACAAUCCUAUUCAAGCUGGAGAAAUAUUUGUGGAGUCCCCAUUGAAGAACCCCCGUCCACCACCUAAGCCUCCGGUCUCCAAACCUCUUCCGCCGAUCCCAACUGAGGAGGACGCCACAAAAGAAGGGCCGGGUGGCCUCGUUCGUCGAUGGAGCUCGGUUCGACGCACUUUGAGUACCCGCUCUCGGUCGGAUUCCUUCAAUACCAUCACCCGAUCACUCUCCAUGCGGUCGGCGAAGAACCGCAAGGCCGGAAUAGAAAUGGACAGCCGCCUGCACCCUUUCUGGCGCCCGCGUGGAUUCUGGGAAGACGUCCCCGGAUCCCCCCCAAAAGCGAGAUCUGCCGUCCAGACUCCCGCAGAGCUUGGCUUUGUCAGUAACUCGCUGGGCCUUCCACAACAACGACUCAUCUUCGAGGGUCCUCCGGCCAUGAACCGCCGCAACCCCGAGAUGAAACGCUUCUUCAACGGACUUUCUUCCUCGGCCCGCUACAAUACCAGCCACGGCAGUCUUGUCGAACCUGGUGGUAUCCUCCGUACUGGAUCACCGCUAUAUCAGGAUCGGUACCGCACCUUGUCUCGCUGGGGCAUGCGCUGGCGAUCAUUGUCGCUCCGCAACGUGCGCGCCCGGAUUCGACGAGUCCGUCAGCGUCGCGAGGAGCGAAAACGAGCUGCACGUCGGGAAACACUCAAGCAGAGUAUCGGCGGCCCCGUGUAUGUGGUGUCCAGUGCGACCAAUGGGGUCGUGCGGUGA